CUUCCAGGACAUUCAGUGUCAAGCAACUUUCAGACAACUCAUUAAGAUAGCAUGUGUGCUGAUUUACAGGUAAUGUGAGCAUUAGCUUUCAUACUUGCUGAAGGCUAUGCUUAAGAUGGAGUCCAACGUGAGACGGGACACACAAUACAGCCACAUGGCAGGCACACACCUGUUUACACAUUCUUUGCAUGUAUUGCUAAAUUAUACGUUUCAUACAAAACAUUUUUAAAUAGGAGUACAGUAUUUUGAUUCCUCACCAUACUGGCCAACUGCUAUACUCGGCUCCAACCCAUCCGUCGUCCACAUGGGAUGACACCACAGAACACAGUUUCAUACGAACUCCGCUCGUAUCUUAGCACAGACCAUCCUUGCUCUUGUAAAUACCCCUCUCACCCCCAUGCUUCUCACCACAACUUGUUGAGUUAUAUAUCGCAUAAUAACUGGCUGUACUAUUUCCUAAACAACCCACUGCAAUGCGAUGCCUCUCUCACCUAAGACAUAUUUUCCAUGUUGAACCCUGAGGACCUCAUCUGUAAACCAACCAGCCACAAACAACAUGGCUGGUUGGUUUUCUCUUCUGCAAAAGAUGAUUUAGCCUGGAGGUGGACCCAAAUAUAGAUUUGAGUUGUCGUAUACAGUUGUGGUUUGUCAUUAAACUCACAUUUCUAUGGAGAUGGUGGUAGUAAAAUGGCUUAAAUUGAUCUGAAAGAGAGAGGUUGGUCAUCCAUUUUAACAAACCAUAUAGCAUUUAUGUUGAUUUGCUUUAUGCAACAUCUGCUUACGUAGACGUCCGUGCAAAACAUUGAAUCCAACAGCAGAUCGGACCAUCAGGCUCAUACAGUGGGACUUUUUGACACAACUUCUCCCUUGAGGUUGUAGAUCGAGGCGAUGGGUAUUUUGAUUCUGCCAAUUGAGAUAUCGAUGGUGGCGCUGGUGGCUCACAUCUGGUGUAUGAGGUGAUGCAGGUUGUGUGGGGAAUGAUUUUUUAAGGAUGACAUUUAUUUUUGGGCGGUUCUGAAGGGAUAAUGAUAUCACGCUGAGAGGGAGGUGACUUUAUGACCUUCUGGUGGCCUUUUCCCGUAUGUAUGUGUGUGUGCUCGUGUAUGUGUGUUUCCUUGUCAGUAUGUGUGUGUGUGUGUGUGUGUGUGUGUGUGUGUGUGUGUCUCUGUGUGUGUGUGUGUCUCUGUGUGAAUUGUCCCUUUGCUUCAAAGCUGAGAAAAAUAAAACAAUUAUUAUCAUGAUCAUUUCAUAUAUCGACUUCAUCUUUAAAAUUUGUAACUGUUUAUUUCUUGAGAUGUACAGGCUUAACUAUACUGGCUGUAAAAUGCUCUUUCCUUCUACUACUACUAUUUUAUAAGGAUAUAUUCAGCAGUGCUUCCCUAAUGAUGAAUCUCAUUAUGGAGCAGGUAGGGGUUAGGGCGUCUUGCUCAAGGAUGCUUAUGGUAGACUACAUGACCAUAGGGGAUCGAAGCUAGGACCUUUGUUCUAGUUUUGUCCUUUAGCACGAUGGCAUUGAAUUAUGAAUUAAAUGUUUUCCUCUCACCACCAUAGCUCACCUGAAUGUAAUGCCUUUCCCAGUGCUGAUCCUCUGUGUUUAAUACAAACACCUGUUGUUUAUUAAAUUAUUAAGUACCUCAGCUAUUACAGUAGGCCCUCAUGAGUUCAAAAAAAGAGAGGCUGGGUUUCCUUUGGGAGCCUGGGAAUGUUAUCUGCGUCGCUCUGAGUUUACCCGGAUUACGCUGUAUUUGUUGUCAAAUAAUCAAAGCAUAAUAGUAGGCCUAUACUAUUAGAACGAUUUAUUUGGUCACUAGCCAUGUCAUUAAAUUUAGUUCUGGCGACCCACUAUGGAAGGGUGGCCCAUCUUUCGUAACGCACGCGACUGAAAGAAGACACGAGUAACCUUUUGGCUCUGAAGAAAAAUCUUUUUUCCAACUGUUGGUUUGAUAAGUAGUUUGAGUGUACCCGCUUAUUUUUAUUCUGUUUAGGGAAAUCGGGGAGUUAACGGGGACCAUGGAGUUGUGCGCAAUUGCAUGCGGGCUUCUGUGGCGGGGGGAGGUGGGAGGUGGGAUGAUAUUGAGAGCUGUUUCGAUUGGAUUAACAACAUAGCACCUCACUUUUCCCCCUCGAUGUCUCCAAACGCAGUGAACCAGCUUUGACCUGCUCAAGAGCACACUCUCUCUUAGAUUAAAUCACGGUCGUCUGCAGUGGUGAAUUGGUUGGAGACAAAGUGGGAUGCAGCGCCUGUUCAUCAUCAGUAGGCUACUUUAACCCAAAUGAUCUGACCGCUGACACUGCGGCAUGGCUGCUGUUCACAACAUGUCCAACACGACACGAAAUUGGACCAAUCCGUUCGUUCAACCGGCGUGGCGCAUCGCGCUGUGGUCCGUGGCGUACAGCUCCGUCCUGGCUGUUGCGAUCCUUGGCAACCUAAUCGUCAUUUGGAUCGUGUUGGCGCACAGGCGGAUGAGAACAGUCACCAACUACUUCCUGCUGAACUUGGCUUUUGCCGACGCUUCGAUGGCCGCGUUCAACACGUUGAUCAACUUUAUCUACGCGGUGCAAGGCGAGUGGUACUUUGGAGAGGCGUACUGCAGGUUCCACAACUUCUUCCCCGUCGCCGCCGUGUUCGCCAGCAUCUACUCCAUGACGGCCAUCGCCAUGGACCGGUACAUGGCCAUCAUCCACCCGCUGACGCCGCGUAUGUCGGCGAUGGCCACAAAGGCGGUGAUCGUGAGUAUCUGGGGACUGGCGGUGGUGCUGGCCUUUCCCGUCUGCUACUUCUCAAAGGUGCUCAGCGUUCCGCGGCGCACGCUCUGCUACAUCGCCUGGCCGCGCAAGCAGGACGACGCCUUCAUGUACCACAUCAUAGUGAUCGUGUUGGUGUAUGUGCUGCCCCUAGUGGUGAUGGGUAUCACCUACACCAUCGUGGGGGUCACCCUGUGGGGAGGGGAGGUCCCAGGGAACUCCUCGGAUCACAACCAUGGAAAAUAUAUUGAAGAAAUGGGGCGUGUGGUGAAGAUGAUGAUCAUUGUGGUGGUGACCUUUGCCCUCUGCUGGCUGCCCUAUCACGUGUACUUCAUCGUGACGGGCCUGUCCAAGCCACUGACCCGCUGGAAGUACAUCCAGCAGGUGUACCUGUCGGUGAUGUGGCUGGCCAUGAGCUCCACCAUGUACAACCCCAUCAUCUACUGCUGCCUCAACAGCAGGUUCCGGGCGGGCUUCAAGCACGUGUUCCGCUGCUGCCCGUGCGUGCGUGAGUCCGGGAGCUACGACGAGCUGGAGCUGCGCAGCACGCGCCUCGGCCCGGGACGCCCUGCCAGCAUGUGCACCCUGUCCCGGGCGGACACCAGCCUCCGCAGCACCCUGCACCGCCACCGCAGCACCCAGAAGAGCGUGGGGUCCUGCUACGGCCGCGACGGCCGCGGCCUGCCCACCGUCCAGGGCAGACAGCUGACGGCCCGGUCCAGGCUGUACAGUGAUCCUGGGGACUGUGCAGGGAGCCCAAAUGAAACAGUGUGCAGCGAACCCAGUGACGUCAAUGUGGAGUGAACUGGGUUAAGUGUACACUGCGGUGAACCCAAAUGAAAAGACGAUACAGUGAACCAAAUACAAUGACUCUUCUAAACCGGCAAUGGAAAGGAAUGAAUUGUAUUCACCUGGCAGGGAACCCAUGUGAAAAGGCUGUGCAGUGAACACAACUAAAUGACCACAGUAAACACAUACUUAAAUAAAUGGUGAGUGAAU